AAUUUGUUGAUCAGUUGAGACUUGAGAGCAAACACCAUAUUGAACUGACGCAAGAAGACACAGAAUAAUAUGGGAGUGCAAGGGACUUUGGAAUACUUGUCUGAUUUACUCAAAAGCACCAAAAAGAAGAAAAAGAAGCAAACCCAAACAGUAGCUCUCAAAAUCAGAAUGGAUUGUGAAGGCUGUGCACGCAAGGUUAAGCAUGUCCUUUCCGGCGUUAAAGGAGCUAAAUCUGUGGAUGUGGACUUAAAGCAGCAGAAAGCAACCGUGACCGGAUAUGUUGAGCCAAAGAAAGUGCUGAAGGCUGCUCAGUCCACAAAGAAGAAGGUUGAGCUUUGGCCUUAUGUUCCUUACACCAUGGUUGCUCACCCAUAUGUUUCUCAGGCCUAUGAUAAGAAGGCACCUCCUAAUAUGGUUAGAAAGGUUGCUGACACUGGCAAAGUAUCAGAGAGCAUCGUGGACGAUAGCUACACACAAAUGUUCAGCGAUGAGAACCCAAAUGCCUGCUACAUCAUGUAAUUUGUAUUUCUAUAUUAUGUAGAUUAAUUAAUUAUAUGCAUAAUAGAUAGAUAAGAAUAAUUAAGAUCGAUGUCACUUUUUGCAUGGUACAACUAACUGACUAAGACUAUAUAUGCUGAUU